AUGCUACCCCUCCCUCUCGUAGCUCCUCGCGAUUCGCACGAGCUAUGGCUAGGAUCCCCCAACUCCUACCGCUCCUCCUUCGCCAACAGCAAUAACCAUCACCACAACCCCGACACCUCACGCCGCCAACCUCACCACCACCAUGCUGCCCCCCCACUCGCACAGCGCGCCUUGCGUCUCCGUAAAGAGAAUAUUGCAUCCUUCGGCUGCGCUUGGAUCAAACCCGCCGGUUGUCCCAAGACCAUGCUGGGCAUGCGCGAGGAAGAGGCAGAGAGGGAAGAGGGGCUUGCAGCGGUAGCACAAGAAAUGAAUGCUGCUGCUGCGGCAGCCGCCGCAGCCGCCGCAGCAGGUGGUAUGGAUGCGUUCGGCGAUCCUUCUCAAGUAGCUAUGGGCCAGAUGGACGGUGGCGGUGAUGGGAUUGGUGCGGAUGAGCUGGAGCGAGAUUUGGAUGAUGAUAUCCCCGAGGCAGAGGGCGAUGAUGCGGAGGGCCUGGUGGAGGAGGGGGAGGAAGGGUAUGAGGAUGAUGAGGAUGUCGAGGGAGAGCUGAUGGAGCGGAAUCUCGACGAUGAUAUACCCGAUGGAUUCUCAGAUGGGGAUGACGAUGAGGAGGAGGACGAGGAAGAUUUCGACAACCAGCCGGAUCUAGAUGACGAUAUCCCCGUAGCUCCGAGUGAGGUUGGCUAUGGAAGUGUUAUGGUUCGGAACCUGGACGAUGAUGUCCCGGAAGCUGAGGAUGAGGAAAUGGGGAAUGAAGAUGAAGGCGAAUGGCAGCAUACCGACUCGGAAGCGGAAGAUGAUGAGGAGGAUGAUAACCACUUCCGCGGAACAGCGUCGGGGCCGAUUUCUGCGCGUCGGGCGGUCCCUUCACAGCUUUCGCUGCCCCGGCCACCGACUAGGGCGCGAGAGACAGAGGCUCAGAGGCGGUUCUUGCAGCGGUGGAGCGGUGGUGGGACAGACGGGUUUGACUCGAGUAUGGUUAUGGAUGAGGAUGACCUGCGCGCUUCGAUUACCAGUCAAGACAGUGUUCGGCGGCACAGCAGAUUCGCCCGGUUUAGUAGGCGGGGUGGUCCAAGAGACAGUCUUGAUUAG